CAGAGGAAGGAGGACCCAGAGCUGACUUUGACAAAGCUCUGCACUCACACACACCCACCAACAAUACACCUACACACACACACACACACACACACACACACACACACACACACACACACACACACACAGACACACAGACACACACCUGUGGCUGCGGCUGAGACUCAGAGCAGUACAGACGAGGACUUCAGCCUGAGAGGAGGAGAAUUAAAACCCUAAGUUCUCCCCUGCUGGGAUCUUAGAAGAGUUUGACCCAAGAAAAAUGCAUUUUGGAGUGCUGCGGGAGUGAGCCGAGAGAUCAAGAGAGGAGCAUCUGACAUCUUCUUUGGUCAACAGAUAAUCCAGAGGUCAAAGACAGACCAAAAGGAGGGAGGAAAAGGUCAAAGAGUCACAAGAAGACUCAGCAGAGGAGAGAGAGGUCUUACGUUUCUGAAGAUGGAAGAGGCUCCACGGAUCUGGCACAUGCAGGUUGACUCUGCAGGAGAGCUGCAAAAGAAGGUGUCGCUCGCUGGUCAGCCGGAGUGCUCCAUCUGCUACAACACCUACGACAAUGUCUUCAAAACACCCAAGCUGCUGGAGUGCACCCACACCUUCUGCCUGGAGUGCCUCUCCCGCCUCAUGGCAUUCUCUGUGGCCGACCAGGACGACAACACCAGUGGAACUCGCCUCUCCUGUCCCUUCUGCCGUCACCCUACCACGCUGCCUGAAGAGGGACCCCCGGCCCUGACCACCAGCCGCGAGGUCCUCUGUAAGCUGCCCAGCCACCAGCAGCAGGAGGAGCCGGUGUGGCUGGAGGGGGAGAAGCUCUGCUAUAAAAGCCCCAUGCACGACACCCCCAACAGCCCCACGGCCUUCUGUGUCUGCAUCGACAUUGGAGCCAGCAAGUCUCCUGCCCCGGUCCAGUCACAGCCCCGGACUUUGGGCAUUCUGGAUCGGCUGGCAGACUGGAAGAGGAUGGUGCUCUUCAUCAUUCUCAUGGUGCUGCUUGUUGUCGUCGUGUUGUGGCCUCUGCAGUGUGUUUUCAGCACUGGGAGCAUGCGCUGUGUACGGGAAUCAAACCAUCUCAACCCAACCCCAGCUCAAACAACCACUACAAUGAGUCCGUUCCCCAAGCCUGCUGUGACAGACUAAACCGACUUCCCUGUAAUUGUUAAUAAUACUGUAUCUGAUACAGACAUUGUCCUUUUUUUUUUUUGCUCAUGAUUGCACAAAAGUUGCUGCACACAACUGUCAAGACCUCAUUUUUAAACCUGUGAUAACACUGCAGAUGUUGAAGCCCUGAUGUUCAGGAUUUCAAUAUGUAAGUAAGGACACUAUCAGAGUCUAAAUGUAAAAGGGCUUAAAUCAAAAGGACUGUAACGAUCACACUAGAUUUGAGAGCUUGUCUUUCUCCUGCCAGAAUAUCAGAAUAACAUGAAGUAGUCAGAAUCAAAAAAUUCUAAUCAUGCAAAAAUCUACAAACAGCAUAUUUAAGAGAAACAAUCCUCUAAACUCUGUUAAAGCAACACUACAGUGCAGAAUGAUUCAUGCAAGCUUGUAAAGACUGCUGAAAUGACAGAGAGAGAUGAAAUCUGACAGGAAGUUUUCCUCAAAUCAACUUCAGUGAUGAACACUUUUGCACUUAAAUCAACAUCUGUAAUCUAAAGUUCGAUAAGACUCUUCAGAGUACCAGAUCACUGGGUCAUGAGUGGGUUGAUUUGUUGACAGUGAUAGUGACCACACGUAGGAGCUUGCUGUACUCGUGACAAAUACUGACGUUAAAGGUUCUGACUUCUGUCGCACGGUCUGAACUCUGCUAUGCAAAUAUGUUGGCUAAAGAACAAAAACGAGUCAAGAUAACAGAAAUGACAGUUUUUCUAAAAGAAUGUAAUCACCAUGUGCCAACUGAGAACUCUAACUUUAUAUAUAUUGUACAUUUGAUUUGUUUUUUUAUGAGUCUUUGUUUACAGAACUAUAAUAAAAGGUGAGAAUUAG